AUGGAGCAAGUGAUAAGUCAAGAAAAAGAAUUAUAUAGUAAUGAAUACGUGAAAGAGCUAGAGAAAGAAUUGUAUAGUAAAGGGUGCGUUGCCGAGAGUAUCAACUUUGUUGUCGGUGAAGCAAAACCUAAGAACUUUGCUUGGCUCGACAGCGAUGUUAAGUAUAUUGAUGAAAUUACGAAUUAUUUGAAAGAUAUGUCGAAAUUUGCUCCCGCGAUAUCAAGAGAUACCGAAAGUGCUUUUAUCGAAGUUGUAACAUUAUACUGUUCUGCUAAACUAGAGUCUAGAUUGGAAAACCUAAGAAUGAGAUUAAAAAGAAUUGGUGAUAGUGAACACGUUAAAUCUGAUAGUGCUGGGUCUAUGAUAGGUAUCAUAGAAUGUGCACGUAAUAAACAAUACAAAUCACUAUUCUCUAAUGUUAAAGUGUAUAGAGGAAAACCUGUUAUCAUAAAUUAUCAGCCCAUAUAUUCGUGGAAAAAUAUUAUCAAAAGGUUUAUUGAUGAAGAAAACUAUAAACGUUUCAUGGAUAAGUGUUCGAAAAAGCCUAAAGUAGUGGAAAGAAGGAAUCUGAGACGAAUCAUAGAGAACAAGAUAAAAUACUAUACCAGUAGUUUGCCAGCAGAUUCUGAUCGUGGUGGAAAUAGUCCAGAUCCAAGUAAUAAUAUUAACGUAAGAGAUGAAGUAAUUUCGGAUAUACCUGUGCCGCGUGACAAAUGCUUAAAAGGCAAUAAUUUGGAAGGGCAAAUGUCUAUUCAAACAUGGUUUUUUGUUCUGGAUAUAGUAUCUAUUAUGAGAAUAGCUGGGUUGAUAUCAUGUGUUCUAAAUUCGGGAGGAUAUUCAUCAACAACUACGUCAUCAAUCACACCACAGGCUAAAAAGCUUUCUAUUAAAGAUAAUGAUAGAGAAGGUCAAAAAGGCAGGUCCUGUAAAACGCAACCAUAA